AUGUCCAUGUCUCUGGACGGCCAGACGCUCAAGAGGAGUGCCUGGCACACCAUGACCGUCAGCCAGGCCCGCGAAGCCUACCCCAGCGCCGGCGGCACCGAGAAGACCUUGAUGCUUCAGGAGGCAAAGGCCAAAGACCGAGCGUACCAGUACCUGCAGAUGGAGAGGGAGGCGGAGGACUACGACCUGCCGGAGGAGAUCCUGGAGAAGAUCCGGAGCGCCGUGGGCAGCGCCCAGCUCCUCAUGUCCCAGAAGGUGCAGCAGUUUUACCGCCUCUGCCAGCAGAACAUGGAUCCCAACGCGUUCCCUGUGCCCACCUUCCAAGACCUGGCCGGCUUCUGGGACCUCCUGCAGCUCUCCAUUGAGGACGUCAGCAUGAAGUUCGCCGAGCUCCAGCAGCUCAAGGCCAACGGGUGGAAGAUUGUGGAGCCCAAG